AUGGCACACAUUCGGGAGCCUGUAUCCCAUACGCCUGUCAUCAAAUUCAAGGGCCAGGACUUUAAGACCCUGAGGGACCAUUGCCUAAGCAGAGGCCUCCUGUUUGAGGAUGAGACCUUCCCUGCCGAUAUUUCUUCCAUAGGCCUGCGGCUGCUCCAGGGAAAACACCUCUCCAGCCUGCGGUGGGAGCGCCCACAGGAUUUAUUGAUGGGUAAAGCGAAGCCUCAUUUCAUCCUGGAAGGUGCAAGCAGAUUUGACAUCCAGCAAGGGGAGGCAGGAGACUGCUGGUUCCUGGCAGCACUGGGCUCCUUGACACAGAACCCACAGCAUCUGCAGAAGAUCCUGAUGAACCAAAGCUUUUCCCGCCCGUAUGCAGGGAUUUUCCGUUUCUGGUUCUGGCAGUGUGGCCAGUGGGCAGAAGUGGUGGUUGAUGAUCGCCUGCCUGUCCUGAACAGAAAGUACCUCUUUGUGCAUCCUCUCGACAACCAAGAGUUUUGGCCGUGCCUGCUGGAGAAAGCCUAUGCCAAGUUCCGCGGAUCCUAUCAGCACCUGCACUACGGCUACCUCCCUGAUGCCCUGGUCGACCUCACGGGAGGGGUGGUCACCAGCAUCGACCUGCACUCCUCCCCUUCUGACCUAGUGACGAUGGUAAAGACAGCUGCCAACGCAGGCUCCCUGAUGACCUGUGCCACGCCGGCCGGGCCAACAGGGAAGGCCACGAGAAUGGAGAAUGGCCUGGUGAGCCAGCAUGCCUACACCGUGACUGGGGCCGAGCAGGUUCAGCACCGGCGGGGCUGGGAGGACCUCCUCCGCCUGUGGAACCCCUGGGGCCAGGCCGAAUGGCGAGGGCGCUGGAGCGAUGGGUCUCCGGAGUGGGAGGAAACCCGGGACCCACGGAAAAGCCUGCUGUAUGACAACAAGGAGGAUGGCGAGUUUUGGAUGUCGUGUCGAGAUUUCCAAGAGAACUUCUCCUGCCUGUAUAUAUGUAACCAGUUUCCAGUCAACCUGGACCUGGGACACACGUCCCAUGAAAGAUGGUCCCAAAUGACGUUUAAGAACCGCAUGACUCCGGAUGACACCACAGGAGGACUUCAGAGGGACACACAGUACAUCUUCUCUGUGCCGGAGAGCGUGGGAGGCAGCAAUGUCGUUGUGUCUUUCAACAUCAUGCCACAACAUGUAAAGGCAGAAGAUGGGAAAUUUCCACUAAACUUCCAGGUGUUCAAGGUUGACCCUCAGCACUUCCAGGAGAGACUGCCAUCCACCUUUUUCUCCCGAUUCAGAAGCGCUGACAAGGGCAUAGUGACUAAAACCAAAUACAACCUCACAAAGUGCUUCACACUGCGCCCAGGGACCUAUGUGGCGGUCGCAUCCGCGCACAGAGAAGCAGUUGAGUUCUUGCUUCGAAUCUUCCUGAAAAUGCCAGACCCUGACCGGAACCUGGGCAGCGGUUUCAACCUCAGAGCAAUGCAGGCAAGUCUUCCAGAAAAUGGCUCCCAUCAAAGCAUUUUCUACAAAUACGCCCAGCAGGGACUAGGCAUUGAUGCCGCCCAGCUUCAGAGACUUCUCAACCAGGAAUUCCUGAAAGGACCUCCAACAGACACCUUCUCUUUGGAUGAGUGCCGGAGCAUCGUGGCGCUGAUGGAUCUGAAAGUGAACGGGCAGCUCGACCAGGAGGAGUUCUCUCGGCUGUGGAGCCGAAUAGUCUGCUGCCAGAGCGUUUUCCAGAACGCCCAGCGGAAUGCAGGCGUUUUCCUGAGCUCGGAUUUAUGGGGGGCCAUAAAGGAUACAGACUUCCUUGCAGGGAUCUCCGUCAGCAGCGAGCUGCUGGAUCUCAUGGCCCUCAGGUACAGCGACAGCGCCGGCAGGGUCAGCUUCCCUAGCCUGGUCUGCUUCCUGAUGCGGCUGGAAGCCAUGGCAAAGACGUUCCACAAGCUCUCCGACGAUGGCAAAGGACUCUACCUGACUGAAGUGGAGUGGAUGAACUUGGUCAUGUACAACUGA